AUGGCGUCCAGCACGGUUAAAGGCGGAAGUGACCAGCCACCGAAAGCGGGCGCUGGAGCGCAGCCGGGAGGAUCCACCGCCAAGCCACCUGCGGGUGCAGCGGCAUCGGCACAGGGCGCGAGCGAGACGAAGGAGAACUUUGACAGCCUCGUCGACAUCAUGGGCGCCUCUGGCGUCGAUCUCAGGGCCGAGGAAGAGGCGAUCCAGCAACGAGACCUCCUCGAUCACUCGACCACCAAUGCCGCAGAGGCCCAGCACGACCAGGACGGCGAGCUGUACCUUCAAGUCUACCCGCUGGCCUUCAAGGUCCACACCAUCGCCCAAAAGCAUGGUCUCGGCGUCGAUGCGGCAGUGCUCAACUACCUGUCCCUGGCGGCGCGGACGCGGUUCCGCAACAUGCUCGAGGCGAUGAUCGCAUCGUCGCGGCACCGGUCUUGGUCGUCGCACCAGCACCCUCCGCCGCUGUACGAGGGCGACGAGCGACGACCGAUGUACCACGAGGCGAUCGUGUCGGACCCGCGCAAGCAGCUGGCGCUGCUGGAAAAGGCGGAGCGCGGCGAAGAAGCGCGGCGGCGCAGGGAGCGGCUGGCGCGAGACGAGGAGGCGGCCGCGCUGGCCUCCGGCGGCAGCGGAGCGGCGGGCGAGGGAGGUGGUGACGGCGUCCAGGGCGGCCUAGCAGGGUAG